AUGGUUCUAUUUGAUUUGUGGCUUGUUACACGAGGAGACACGGACAGAAAUGCGACAAGUUCAAGUUCUGGAUUGACUGAAUAUCUGGAGCUCCCUCUGCGAAGGUCUGACAAGGACUAUAUACUAGACACAGAUUGGGACUUUGGGGCUCCGCGUCAGGAACGUCACUAUGACUGGACCAUCAUAGAGAAAGAGGGCAAUCCGGAUGGCGUGUAUAAGCCCAUGAUAACUAUAAACGGGCAAUUCCCAGGGCCGUUGGUCGAAGUCAACGAAGGAGACACAAUCGUAGUCGAUGUACACAACCUUGCUACUAAUGCAACCGCAAUACACUGGCACGGUAUAUUUCAGAACGGAUCUACCUGGAUGGACGGGACGUCGGGGGUGACACAAUGCCCAAUUGUGCCUGGGAAAUCAUUUCAAUACAAAUUUACUGUCAAAGACCAGGCAGGUACUUACUUUUAUCACGGCCACCAAGGUGUUCAGGCCCUUGAUGGCCUUGUUGGCCCCUUGAUCGUCCACAGUCGCGAGGAAGCAAAGGUUCGCCCCUUACCAUACGUGUCCGACCGUGUAAUCAUGCUCCACGAUUGGUAUUAUGAUCAAGCAGAAGGCCUUAUGCGCGAUACUCUAUCCCCUGGAAAUGAGGAUUCGCCAAUUCCAAAUGCUGCACUUAUCAACGGCCUAAACAAAGUCGACUGCAGUUUGCACACAGCUCGUCGUUGCGACAACCAGGGUGCAUAUCUUCCCACCAUAGACCUUGCUCCUGGCGUAAGCCAUCAGUUGCGCUUUAUCAACUUGGGUGGGUAUGCUUGGUUCCAAGUCUCGGUUGAUGAGCACACAAGCCUGCCUGUAGUCGAGAUAGACGGCACAUCAAUCGAGCCAGCGCCCGAAUCGGAUAUCGUUCUAUCUCCUGGGCAACGAUAUAGUGCAAUCUUGACCACUAACCAAGCGGAUCAAUCUGGUCAGGAGUCUUUCUGGCUUCGUGCCCGAAUGAUCAAAGCCUGUUUCGCUGAGCCUACCAUACCGGAAAACGGUUCUGAUGAGGCCAGGGCUAUAGUACGAUACUCUUCCCCUCCGGCCACCAGUUCAACAGAGCAAGAUAGCUCCUCGAGCGCCGCAUAUCAAGUUCUUCCAACUACAAACAACACAAAUUCGAAUUACCCCAUGAUUUGCAAAGACAUGACUGCACGCGCACGUUACCGACCGUCGCCUCCACAGCCUGCGCCAGACGUCGCAGACCAUUCGUGGUACAUCCGUGUCAAUCUCGCAAUCGGCAACUGGCGGCUCCAACGCGGCGUCAUGAACUCAUCCUCGUUCCGCCCCGACCUCAAACAACCUACCUUGCACCGUAUCAUCGACGGCCUCGCAGCAUCCAAUGGGUCAUUCAACAUGGAAGGCGUCAACACCGCAGCCUUUGACAAGCAGGAGCUAGUCGUCUCGCAUAGAGAUAUCCAGACCGUAGACAUAAUCCUGCAGAACAUGGACGAGAACAGUCACCCCUUCCACUUACACGGGCACCAGUUUUGGGUCUUGGGAGCCGGCCACGGCUACUUCCCCGGCUAUGACAAGUUAGGCCUGAAAGCCGACGGCCAGGGACUGCUGGACCCGAGCAAUCGCACCGUAGUUGAAAAUCCGCUCAAGCGGGACGUCGCAACCGCGGAAGGUUUCGGCUGGGUGCUUCUAAGAUUCGUGGCCGAUAACCCUGGCGUGUGGCUGUUUCACUGUCAUAUGAUCUGGCACAGCGAGGCGGGCAUGGCGAUGCAGUUUGUCUCGAGACUGGACGAGCUGAAGAGCUGGACGCUUCCCGCCGACGUGAGGGACUUGUGUGAGGCGCCAGAAGAAGAACUCAGGUUGGGAGCACCACCAAAGGAUGAUGUGUUCUUUGGGUUUCAUGACUGA